AUAUUUUUUUCGCUUAAUUAAACUAACCUAAAAAACUGACACUGACAGUUGAUUGUGGUUAUGUCACCCGUCACUUAACCCACAAAAAAUGGAAAUUCUCGAAUUCAAAGACUUGAAAUGUGUCCCCGACAUUGUCCACCCUUACACACCAUCCCUGCGCAACAACAGUACCCCCAUAAUCAUCGAUAACGGUUCCUACCAAUGCAGGGCUGGUUGGGCCACCAGUAGCGAACCCCUGCUUAUUUUUAAGAAUCUUAUCGCAAAACCACGCAAAGAACGCUCAAAAAAAGACACUGUGGAGGCAAGUCAAGCCCCCCAGUUGCAAGUUGGUAACGAUAUAAUAAAUAUCGAAGCGGUCCGUUUCCAAUUAAAAACGCAAUUUGAUCGAAAUGUGGUCACACAUUUUGAGGCACAGGAGCACCUUUUUGAUUAUACUUUCGCCCAUUUGGGGAUUGAUUCGGAAAAUUCGGUGCCCCAUCCUAUCGUUUUGACUGAGGCGGUUUUAAACCCGAAUUCUUCGAGACAGUUAAUGUCAGAAUUGCUAUUUGAGUGCUAUUCAGUGCCUGGGGUUUCUUACGGGAUUGAUUGUUUGUAUUCUUAUCAUUUUAACGAAGUUAAACCACAGGAGAAUGCGUUAAUUAUUAAUUUGGGGUACCACACAUGUCAUGUGGUUCCAAUCAUUGGCAAGAAGAUGGUUUUUGAGAAUACGAGACGUUUAAAUACUGGAGGCUUUCACAUUAUUUCGUUUUUGCACAGAAUUUUGCAAUUGAAAUAUCCAGCGCACGCUACGUCUAUUACUUUAAGUAGGGCCGAGGAAUUGUUGCACAGUAUUUGCGCCAUAGCUUUGGAUUAUCGCAAAGAACUUAAUCGUUGGACGGAUCCGUUAUAUUACGAAGAAAAUAUCAAACGGAUCCAGUUACCAUACAAUGCUUCACUUGUUUCGUCAGCUCUCACUUUGGAGCAACAAAAAGAACGCAAAAGGGAAUUGGCUCGACGUCUUACCGAAAUAAAUGCCCGAAAACGUGAAGAACGUCUCAUUGAAGACGAAGAAAAACUAAACCAGCUUUUAUACAUUCAAGAAAUGACAGAAGCCGGGGUCGAUAAAGAAGAAAUCGAUCGAGCCUGUGCCGAUUACCAGAUAAAAAACGUCCAGGAUUUGCAAAAACACAUCAAUAAUUUGAACCAAAAGAUUGAGAAAACUAAACAAAAAAUCAUCGCGGCUAACACGACUGACGAAGUUGAGGAACCGGUCGCCAAACAGGCGAAACACACGAAAAUGGUGUUCGAGAACGAGAAAGAAAUGCAUUUGUUUGUACAAAAUGCCAAAAAAAUGCGCCAAGAGAUUUUGAAUAAGAAGAUGACUAGAAAGCAAAGGAAGCAAGACAUGGCCAAAAGGCGGACGGCAGCAGGCCAGGAACGAAUGCGUAUUAUAUCGCAGUUGGCCAGAAAGGAGAAAGGGAACGAUGAUUUUGGUUUAAGGGACGAGGAUUGGGACAUUUACAAGGCGAUUAGUAAAGAUGGCGGAGACUCGGAUAGUGAGGCCGAAAACGAGAAACUUUUAGAACUUGAUGACAUAAUUCGGACUUAUGAACCUUCGGAACUUGACGAAACGCUCAAUCCGGGGGAAACACACCAACUACAUGUGGGGAUCGAACGUUACAGAGCCCCAGAAUUGAUUUUUAAACCUUAUAUGUUGGGUUCGUCAGAAGCCGGUUUGUCGGAAGUCAUUGGUUACGUUCUGUCGCUGUUUAACAACGAGGAUCAGUUAAAACUGGCCGAGAAUGUUGUUAUAAUGGGCGGUUUGGCCAAUUUGCCUGGUCUACAAGAACGGAUUCUUUCAGAUUUGAUCAGUAUUCGACCAUUUCAGUCCAUUGUUAACGUAAGGACGGUCAAAAACCCGAGCUUGGGGGCCUGGCAUGGGGCGAAAAAGUGGACAAAAUCGGGGGAGUUUAAAGGCAGUUUUCUGACGAAGAAAAUGUACGAGGAGUUUGGAUCUGAGUAUUUUAAGACACAUGUGGCAUCAAAUCCAUUUUAUCACACGCCAAAAGGGCAAAAUGUCGAUAUUGAGAUGGUCUAAUAAAGUGUGUUGUAAUGUCA